AUGGCGGCCGAAGUCCGCCGCUCCAACGGCACGCGCCUCGAUGCCACCCUCGGCAUCACUGAGCGCAUCGCGCCGAGCAUGGUAGCUUGGACUGGAGAUAUGCGUAAGAGAUACACCGAUUUUCAAGUCUAUGAAAUCAACAAAGAUGGCUCCGUCCUCCACCUCACCGAGACGCGCCUUCCCCCGCCGCCAAAGGAGGAUAUCGCCCCUCCCCUACCGCCACCUCCUCCUGCUCCCAUAGUGGAAGAUAAAAAAGAGGAAGAGCCCAAGCCGGAAGAGCCAUCACGAGACGGAGAGGUGGCCGAGAAGCCCGCUGUCCCCCAAGUCCCCGCCGAGGACAUCGCCCUCAUCGCUUCCCUCACAAACGAGGACUUCUCCAACCAGCUCCUGGCCAUCUACCAAACGAUAUCCGCCGACAAGAACGCCAAAACCGAGCCCGUCACCUCCCCCGUUAUGGACGACAAAGACAAGCGCUCCCAGCUCCACCAGAACGUCCGCCGCAUCUUCAACUCCACCAUCGACACCACUACAGACCCCACGGGCGCCAUCGUCGCGAGGGUCCCGCCCCCUCGCGGGAAGGGCAAGGGCAUGCGCGGCGGCCGCGACAAUGGCCGCGACAACAAGCAAAAGAAGCCCAAGGUCAAAGCCGUGGCCCCCGGCGAGGGCGAGUACCUCCACUUCACACUGUACAAAGAGAACCGCGACACCAUGGACGCCCUGCACCAGAUCUCAAAAGCUCUCCGCAUCAAACCCCAGGCCAUCGGCACGGCGGGCACCAAGGACCGCCGCGCCGCCACCACGCAGCGCUGCUCCGUCCGCGGCCAGCGUGCCGACGCCCUCCUCCGCGCCCGCCUCUUCGGCGUCACCGUCGGCGACUACCGCUACGCCCACGCCCCAAUCCACCUCGGCGCCCACAGGGGCAACGAGUUCGUCAUCGCCCUGAAAGACUGCCUCGUCGCCGGCUCCCCCAAUCUUACCCCCCCGGAGCGCAGCUCCCAGAUCCGGGCCUCCGUCGAGGCCGCCAUGGCGAGCAUGCACAACCCAGGCUGGAUAAACUACUUUGGCCAUCAGCGCUUCGGCACUCACGCAGUCGGCACCCACGAGGUAGGCCGCCUGCUCCUGCAAGGCGACUUCGAGGGCGCCGUCAACGCGAUCCUCUUCUACGAUGAAGCCAUCGCCAAGCGCGCCGUCGCAGGCGAGGUCCCCGACCAGGGCCACGCCCGCGACGACUUCAACCGCCAUCGCGCCUGCAUGGUCUUCCGCGACGGCGGCUCCGCCGACGAGGCUCUCUCCCACCUCCCGCGCCGCUUUUCUGCCGAAGCGAGCCUCAUCCGCCACCUCGGCCGGUCCACCGCCCCAUCCCGACGGGACUUCAUCGGCGCCCUCACAAGCAUCACCCGCGGCCUACGCAACAUGUACCUCCACGCCUAUCAGUCCUAUGUUUGGAACCACGCGGCGAGCCACCGCUGGCGCCUGUACGGCGGUAAGGUAGUCGAAGGCGACCUUGUCCUCGUCGACUCACCCACCUCAAACCCCGAUGCCGACGAAGACGACGACGCAGAAUCAUCCUCCGCCCGCGCCCUGACCGCCUCAGAAGCCGCCUCAGGAACCUAUACAAUUCAUGACAUCGUCCUCCCUUCCCCAGGCCACUCCGUCGCCUAUCCCACAAACGCAGUCGGGGCCUUUUACAAAGACUUUAUGCGCGACAACGGCGACCUGGACCCGCACGACAUGCUCCGCCGCCACCGCGAAUUCAGCCUCCCUGGCGCGUACCGCAAAGUCGUCGUGCGUUUCCUCUCGGAACCCUCUUUCGAGGUUCGCACGUACGAGGACGACGAGGAGAAGAUGCAUCCCACGGAUAUGGACCGUAUCCGCGCCGCCGCGCGUGCGGGUGCGGGUGCGGCAGGGAAGAAGCGGGGCCGGGAGGAGGGCGGCGCCGAGGAGCCGGAUGCGGCUAGUAAGAAAGCCAAGACCGAGACGGAAACUACAAUGGACGAGGGGGCAGAGGGCGAAGCCAGCAAGACGGAUGAGCCCAUGGCAGAUGCAACGCAGACCGACGGAAAGCAGCAGAAGCAGCCCGAGGCCGAGGCGGAGGUGAAGGCCGUUACGGACGACGUCGUCGCCGAGAAGCCCGAUCUGCCGUCUACCGAAAAGACCAAGACGGCCGUCGUUGUCACCUUCCAGCUUCCCAAGAGCGCCUACGCCACCGUCGCGUUGCGGGAACUGAUGGGCGUUGACGAGUCAGAAGUCGCUGCGGCUCCUUUGGUUGUCCCUGCUUCUGCUCCCGCUGCUUCUGCUGCUGUCGUCACCGAUAAUGCCGAGGUUCCAGAGACUUCUCAGACUACGGUUACGGAAUCAUGA